UACCUCUCUGCCCUUCCUUACUUUGUUCUCUGGCUGCUUAGUUUCGUCAUGAGUCCCAUAGCCGAUAGAUUAAUAUUAAAGCAAGUGGUGAGCAGAGGCACCAGCAGGAAAAUUUUCAACUCCAUAGGUUUGAUGGUGCCCGCCGUUGCUCUUUUCGCUCUCAAUUUUGUGGGUAGCUCCCAGAAGGAAGUCACGAUCGUUAUCCUGGUGAUUGCUGUUGGCUUCAACGCCGGUGUGCUUUCUGGUUUCAAUGUGAACCACAUAGACAUAUCCCCGAUCCAUUCUGGGACCCUCAUGGGGAUCACCAACAGUUUGUCCAACGUUUUCUCCAUCAUAGCCCCAUUGGCCGUGGACGCUGUCAAAUCCAUUACGGGCUAUGAAGAGACGGACAAAUCUAUGUGGAACAUAGUUUUCUCCAUAGCGGCCAUAAUCUACAUCCUUACUGGUACAUUCUACGCGUUCUUUGCGUCGGGUGAAGUACAGCCUUGGGACAACUUGGAACUUAGUAAAAAAAGCCCCGUUGGGCUCAGCAAAGAACAACUGGAGAAGAAAUAUGAUAGCGUCUAG